AUGGAAACAAUAACACAACCAUAUAAAUUAAUCAACGGAAACCCCCUCCUCGCUGACUUGCACUGGCAAAACGACUCUCCAACCAUAAAUGGCAACGGUCAUCCAAUUGCACUAAUCCUCCACGGAGGCGGCCUCGUCAUCGGCGCAAAGGAAAUCAUCCCAUACGCUCAAAUGACAUACCUAACCAGAGCCGGUUUUCUCGUCGUGAUACCGAACUACCGUCUCUGUCCACAGGUAUCAGCCUUCGAAGGUCCGAUCACUGAUUCAAAGGAUUGUCUCCUUUGGGCAAUUCAGAAUGCAGAUUCCCUGCUAGCCCAGACUGACGCAGCUGAUGCGUAUCGGGUAGACUCGGAGAAGGUGGCUGUGAUGGGACAUUCUGCUGGUGGUGGACUUGCUUUGACUAUGCCUAAUCAAUCCGAUCUCCCAGUUCAGAUUUCGGCUGUGCUGGAUUUCUAUGGUGCGAAAUACCUGGAUCAUCCUAGUUACCAUGAGCCUCAUCCCUGGUAUACUAAUAUAGUUGUAUCUUGGGAUGAGGGGUAUGCGAAUCAUGUUUUUGAGGGUCCUCAGGUUUCUUUUGCGGAUCCGUACCUUGGAACUGAAACUCCUCCGCCGAGGGAUGCGUGGCUUACGAGUCACUUGAAGAAUGGGACUUGGUUGAAUGGGGUUGUUCAGGAUGGAAAUCUUGCACGCGUUGAUGGUACAACUGGUUUUUCGAAGACUUAUCCACCGACUAUGUUUGUUCAUGGGAUUUCUGAUACCUUUACCAGCUGUGCCUUAAGCGAAAGGGCACAUAAGCAGUUACAGGAAUUGGGUGUAACUACGGAGAUACUGCUUGUUCCUGGGAAGGACCAUAUGCUUGAUUUGACAUUGAAAGAAGGGGAUCAAGAAUUCUUGGACUUUGUGGUUCCAGGGCUAGAGUUCUUGGUUCGACAUGUAGGACUUCCAGUUUGA